UUUAAUUAAAUGAGCAUGGUUUGGUUUUGCAAAUAUUUUCAAGUUACAGACUGCCAUGUUGUACUUUCCAAUGUAUGACAUGAAAAUUCAUACGAAAAUUCACAAAGUCAGUGGAAAGUGCACCAUAUCACUCUGCUUAUGGCUUGCUUUGCUGCAAACAUAACAUUCAUAUAUUCUCAUUCAUCAUUCAUCAUUCAUUUGUGUUGCUUGGUCAGGAGAUCACCGCAGAGCUUGGAUCAAUGUCAGAAAGUUCAGAUGAUGAAUUUUUGACCACCAGAAUAGUGCGAAGGAGAGUGGUCAUUCAGGUAUCUGAUUUAGCAUGACUUAUGGAGUUUUAAAGGAGCAUGGAGGAUGUGGCUCCCAGAGUUCAACUUAAACUAACCAGGCUACGUCUUCACUGUCCAGUUAAAAUAUUUACUUUCUAACAAUGUUUAGUCUCAUUAAAAUGGGUGAAAAAUGUGUGUAAGAAGUAUCAGGGUUUAAAAGAAACCUACCAGUUGAUUUGCAUAUGUGGCCGAACCUCAUGGAGGUGUUUUAUGCUGCAGUGAGCAUUUCUUUGUUGGUUUAUUUGACAACAUAACCUUUUUCCCUGAGAAUGCAAGUUUGUUUCCUGUAUCCCUUAGUCCUUAUUCUCUCACUGAAUUACUACCUAAUAUGCAAGUUUUGUACCCUAUUUUUUCUCUAACGUGUUGGCAAGUAGAGAAUUUAACAUUUGAAAAUUACACUAACCCAAGUUAGCAUUCCUGAUUAUUAUUUGUCUUGUUUCCCUUAUAGGCUGAUGAAAUGCCUGACCUACCCUCUCAGUCAGUGACGGAAGAAAAGUAUAAGGACGAAAAUGGACACAUUGUUGUCAAAAGGGUCACCCGUAAAAUUAUUCGCAAGUGUGUGUCCGCGGAUGGCAUGGAGCAUGAAGAGGUAUCAUCAGAAGGAGCUCCGCAGGGAUCCAUCAGUGUGGCAGAGGGAGAUGGAUACUCCAAGGUUGUGAAGCGGACUGUGCUGAAGAGUGAGGGAGACCAUGCAGAGGUAACAUUUGCUGAAAUUGGGGGUUCCCCAGCAUCAAGGCAGGGGACAGCUGAGGCUUGUAAGGUCAGUCACAUAGAAAGGACAAUGGUACUGGAAGGUGAAAGGACAAUGACACACCAGGGUGAUCCAUCUUUGGCCUCUGACCUCCCCUCAGCCCAAGAUGAUUUCAAACAGGCACUAGGUUAUAUAAGUGGUUUUAGCAGGAAAGAGCUCCCUCAUGUGGUAGAGAGAGAGACUGUCAAAGAAGAUGGAACUGUGGUCAGGAGGGCUCACAUGCGUAAAGGUCGCACCCUCAGACGAACAGUGGUGAGGGGAGGUGGGCAGCGCAAACAAGUUCUUCUAGAGCAAGUGGACAGUCCCAGAAAAGGGUCAAAACCACAUGAUCUCCGGCAGCAUCUCCACCAGCUCUUUCACCGUUACUACAAAGACGAGGAGGAGGACAAUGAUGAGGACGAAGAGGAGGAGGAAGAGUAGAAGAAUGUGUAACACUACCCCCCGCCCCAACUCCCCUGGCUCUGCCCAUGCUAAAGUCCCCCCUAAUCCUAUGCAUUAGCCAACUGCAAUCCUAGUGUGCACCACAGCACCUCAAAGCUACCACAGUCUUCCCAUUUAAGUCGUGGAGGAUGACAUUUUGUUCACAAUUUGAAGUUUUCUUCCCUGGCUGGUAUUAUGUAUUCAUGAUUUUCUUUUCAUAUUCUGAUGUUGUUUUGCCUUUUUGUGACCAAAGAAAGCCUUCUGUUUUUUUCCUAAUUAUUUUAACUUCCCAUGUCAGAAUUGUCUUUGAUAUUUUUGUCCUGAUACUGUGGUAGAGCAACAACAAAAAAACAAACAAAAAAGCAAACAGUGGAAUACUAUUCACAUCAACUGACUCACAAACCUCUUGAAGGUACAGAACACUUUACCUGCAAAAUACUGGUACUACUCUCUGAGUAGGUGCUUGGACUGAAAGACAAUAUGUCACACUGCACUGCCUCUCACAACCAGAGUUUCUCAGAUAUUCCCAACUGAAAAGCUGUCUCACUCACUUCAUUAGCCUCUCCGCUCUUUUGAUUCAGGUGGUAAAGAUGUCACACAGAGAAAACCAGACUGUAUCAACACUGAAUUUAACUGCUGCUGCUGUGUUUUGUGUAGGCUAUGUGUAAUCUGUCAUUGGGAAUUAUAUAUUAUCUAUAAUCUAGACAUUACUGACAUCUGUAGCCUAGAAAUUUAUAAUCACUCAUGUGAAGUAGAGCAGGCAUGACUAAUCAACAUCUGUCAUUAUGAUCCCAGCUUUGACUGCUUUGUAGUUCUAUGGAUUGCUCCUAUGCCUCUCUUUCCCUUCUCUGUGUGUCUUUCUUUCUGUGUUGUUAUGUUUUAUUCUAAUUGUUUUUUUGUUUUUUGUUUUUUUGUUUUUUGUUUUGGCUUUUUCUCUUAAAUUGUUAAAUUGUCUUGACUUGUAUUGAAUGGCUGGUGAAUGUGUGAGUGGAGUUGUACCGUAGCUCCUGUAUGUUUGAGUUUGUCCAUGCAUGUGUUGAGUUAAAUACUGCACUGAUAGCUGGUUUGAAAAGGGUAUUUUAGCUGAUUUUUAAUUCUGAUGUUUUAGAGUUUGUUUUUUUUUAUUCUGAGUUUAGCUCACCAGUUAAUAUAGAGAACUUAUUAGGGCCCGAGCAACGAGUU